UUUUUCCUCUUAACCAUUCACUAAUUCAACUCUGAGUUUCUCAUUUCUCGCCCCAUAAACAGCACCUUUAUCUAAGUUAAAUUUCCAUCUUCCUAUUAUUCUCUUAAUCUCCUUUUGCAUUUACAAUAUAGCUACUACUCAUUAUUACUUCAAAAAAAAAAAAGUAUUAUCGUGCUGCCAUGGCUGUCGAGGAGCUCUCAGUCGUCCUACCUCGUGUGCUCAUCGUUUCUAGACGUACCGUUCGCAAGAACAAGUUUGUUGAUUUUGUUGGAGAAUAUCAUCUUGAUCUUAUAGUAAGCUAUGGAGCUGUUCCGGUUAUUGUACCCCGAGUUUCAGGGGUACAUAUGUUAUUAGACAGUUUUGAGCCAAUUCAUGGUGUUCUUCUCUGUGAAGGAGAAGAUAUCGACCCUUCUCUGUACAACGACGAACUCUCCGAUCUUUCCCCUGAAGAAUUGGAAGAAAUCAGGAGAUUACACGCUAGCGAUACUGCAAUUGACAAAGAAAAAGACACAAUUGAACUCAGAUUGGCUAAGCUUUGUCUAGAAAGAAACAUACCUUAUUUGGGUAUAUGCAGGGGUUCACAGGUACUAAAUGUUGCAUCUGGGGGCACGCUUUUACAAGACAUUGGGAAAGAAACAUCAAGAAACGUCCCUGAAAAUCAGAGGGUAAUUCACAUGGAUUAUGAUAACUAUGAUGGUCAUAGACAUGUUAUAAAAGUCGUCGAGGAAACGCCAUUGCACCAUUGGUUCAAGGAUUCUUUAGAAGAUGAAAAAAUGGAAAUUUCCGUGAAUAGUUAUCACCACCAAGGAGUUAAAAAAUUAGCUCAGCGGUUUGUUCCUAUGGCAUAUGCCCCUGAUGGUUUAAUUGAAGGAUUUUAUGAUCCGGAUGCUUAUAAUCCUUCAGAGGGUAAGUUCAUUAUGGGACUUCAAUUUCAUCCGGAACGAAUGAGGCAAGAGGAUACUGAUGAAUUUGACUAUCCUGGAUGUACAUUUGCUUAUCAGGAGUUUGUGAAGUCUGUAGUUGCUUAUCAGAAGAAACUCAACAGCUCAACCAGAAUCCAAAAGCCCUUAAAGCUUAAUCAAGAAAUGGAGAAGAAGAGGAAAAUUAUAGUUAGAAGUUUUUCUCUUGCUAGAGAUAUAUACGAAAGAGGCCGUACGAUGCAGCCAUCUAAAACUUCAGACUUAGAUGUAGGAGCAGAAUUCCUUGAGUCUAAUACAGCAUUGAGUUCGCAACAAGAGGCAAGGUUAAUGCAAAUGGGAGCAACAGUAAGGAAUGCAUCAUCCUAUUUGGAGAAAUUGAAGAUGAAUGAGGAGAAAGAGGGGUUGGCAAGGAAAGUAAUGGGAAAAAUGUCAAUGGAACAGCUAUCUGAUCUGAAGUCAUUUUACAGCAUGAUGGGACAGAUAUGUUCAGAAGUCUUGGAGAGAAAACUCCAGGAUCUCUUGACUCUUGAGGAGUGUUGAUAUUUUUGUACGAGUUCUUGCUGGUUUUAAGCUUUGUUCAGAAGUCUUGCUGGUUUAAUUUGCUGUCAAGUUUAUGUACUUCUCUCUUCUUUGUAAAGUCACGCGAAUGAAAAUCUUUUUUGGGAGCAAAUCACGUGAAUGAAAAUGUCAAUUUAGAAGUAAAGUUUUUUUUUUUUUUUUUUUUCAUGACGUUGUACUGGUCAAUUGAUGAGAAAUUGGGAAUAUUUAAGAAGCUGAAAUAGAAUCAAAA